GGCCUCGCGCGUCCGGGCCGGCGCCGGGGUGGUGGUUCCCCGGGUCAGCGUCCAGGUGCGGGCACUUGGCGGGGGCACCGAGGCCUGGCGGGGACCUAGCGGCAGAAGGGCCGGCUGCAGUGGCUGGAGGCCAGGAUGCCGUGUCGGGACUCCGGCUGCGGCCGCGGGGAGCGCAGUGGGGGCGAGCGCGUGGAAGCCGCAGGAGCCCGCAGCGAGCGCGGCUGCCGCGCGGAAGCGGGGGUUGGGGCCAGAGCGGGCCCGCACCCCAGAGCGGACGGCGGAGACGCGCCGGCGGCCGUGCGCAGAGCCCGUGGGCUGUCACAGCCGCGGGAGGGGCGAGGUGGCGCGGACGAGCGCCGAGUGCUGCGCGGUUUCGCGGGGCUGGGGGCUGGGGGUGACCGGAUGCUGGCUUCGGACGUCCUGCUGGGCGAGACGACAGCGUUGUGACUGCAGUCGGUGCCCUUGAGUCGAACACCUCAAAGUGGCUGAAAUGACAGCUUUUAGGAUGUAUAUGUCUUUUUUAAAGAUUUAUUUAUUUAUUUAAAAGAGGUAGAGAGAGAGGUCUUCCACCCGCUGGUUCACUCCCCAGAUGGCCGCAAUGACCGGAGCUGGGCCAGGAGCCAGGAGCCUCUUCUGAGUCUCCCACGUGGGUGCAGGGGCCCAAGCACUUAGGCAUCUUCCACUGCUUUCCCAGGCCGCAGCAGAGAGCUGGGUCGGAAAUGGAGCUGCUGGGACCGGUGCCCACAUGGGGUGCUGGCGCUGCCAAUGGCGGCCUCACCCGCUAAGCCACAGCGCCGGCCCCAUGUAUGUGUCUUAGUACGGUUAAAAAAAAAAGUGUCCAGGACGGGCGUUCAGGGUACGGAGUGUCAGGUGCCCAGGUGUUUACAGUAUGGAGUGUCAGGUGUCCAAGUGUCCAUGGUACGGAGUGUCGGGUGUCCAGGUGUUCACGGUAUGGAGUGUCAGGUGUCCGUGGUACGGAGUAUCAGGUUUUCAGGGUAUGGAGUGUCAGGUGUCCAGGUGUCCAUGGUACGGAGUGUCGGGUGUCCAAGUGUACAUGGUACGGAGUGUCGGGUGUCCAGGUGUUCACGGUAUGGAGUGUCAGGUGUCUGUGGUACGGAGUAUCAGGUUUUCAGGGUACGGAGUGUCAGGUGUCCACGGUACAGAGUGUCAGGUGCUCACAGUGCUGAGUGUCAGGUGUCCAGGACAGGUGUUCACGGUACGGAGUGUCAGGUAUCCGGGUGUCCAUGGUAUGGAAUGUCAGGUGUCCACGAUACGGAGUGUCAGGUGCCUGGGACAGGUGUUCAUGGUAUAGACUGUCAGGUGUCCGGGUGUCCAUGGUACGGAGUGUCAGGUGCCCGGGACAGGUGUUCACGGUAGAGUGUCAGGUGUCCAUGGUACGGAGAGUCAGGUGCCCGGGACAGGUGUUCAUGGUACAGAGUGUCAGGUGUCCAUGGUACGGAGAGUCAGGUGCCCGGGACAGGUGUUCAUGGUACAGAGUGUCAGGUGUCCAUGGUACGGAGUGUCAGGUGCCCGGGACAGGUGUUCACGGUACAGAGUGUCAGGUGUCCAUGGUACGGAGAGUCAGGUGCCCGGGACAGGUGUUCACGGUACAGAGUGUCAGGUGUCCAUGGUACAGAGAGUCAGGUGCCUGGGACAGGUGUUCACGGUACAGAGUGUCAGGUGUCCAUGGUACGGAGUGUCAGGUGCCCGGGACAGGUGUUCACGGUAGAGUGUCAGGUGUCCAUGGUACGGAGAGUCAGGUGCCCGGGACAGGUGUUCACGGUACAGUGUGUCAGGUGUCCAUGGUACGGAGUGUCAGGUGCCCGGGACAGGUGUUCACGGUACAGAGUGUCAGGUGUCCAUGGUACAGAGAGUCAGGUGCCUGGGACAGGUGUUCACGGUACAGAGUGUCAGGUGUCCAUGGUACAGAGAGUCAGGUGCCUGGGACAGGUGUUCACGGUACAGAGUGUCAGGUGUCCAUGGUACGGAGUGUCAGGUGCCCGGGACAGGUGUUCACGGUAGAGUGUCAGGUGUCCAUGGUACGGAGAGUCAGGUGCCCGGGACAGGUGUUCACGGUACAGUGUGUCAGGUGUCCAUGGUACGGAGUGUCAGGUGCCCGGGACAGGUGUUCACGGUAGAGUGUCAGGUGUCCAUGGUACAGAGAGUCAGGUGCCCAGGACAGGUGUUCACGGUACAGAGUGUCAGGUGUCCAUGGUACGGAGUGUCAGGUGCCCGGGACAGGUGUUCACGGUACAGAGUGUCAGGUGUCCAUGGUACGGAGAGUCAGGUGCCCGGGACAGGUGUUCAUGGUACAGAGUGUCAGGUGUCCAUGGUACAGAGUGUCAGGUGCCCGGGACAGGUGUUCACGGUACAGAGUGUCAGGUGCCCGGGACAGGUGUUCACGGUACAGAGUGUCAGGUGUCCAUGGUACGGAGAGUCAGGUGCCCGGGACAGGUGUUCAUGGUACAGAGUGUCAGGUGUCCAUGGUACGGAGUGUCAGGUGCCCGGGACAGGUGUUCACGGUACAGAGUGUCAGGUGCCCGGGACAGGUGUUCACGGUACAGAGUGUCAGGUGUCCAUGGUACGGAGUGUCAGGUGCCCGGGACAGGUGUUCACAGUACGGACUGUCAGGUGUCCGGUGUCCAUGGUAUGGAGUGUCAGGUGUCCACGGUACGGAGUGUCAGGUGCCCGGGACAGGUGUUCAUGGUACGGACUGUCAGGUGUCCGGGUUGUGGGGAGCAACUCGGACUAGACUAAGUUACUGGAAUUAAGACUUACUCUAUGCAUCUGCUCUCCCACAAUAUGGCGCUGGGAGAAGAGUAAACAACUUCUACACAGCUGCCUCCAGUUCGACCAAUAACCUGCAGGAGCUGAUCCUGCUCCUGAUUGGAGGAGAGCAGCGUACUCGGCGUGUGGGUAGCAGAGUUGGGAUUGGUGGAAGAGGACUAUAAAGGAGGAGAGAGACAACAUGCACCAGGAACAUCUAAGGGGAACAUCUAUCUGAAGGAACACCUGUGCAGCCCCCGAGAGAGCCGGCCGGUGGUGUGCCGCUCCCCCGUGGAAGUGGGGAAAGUGGCAGGGGGGCCCGCCCCUCCACGGAGGUGGAAGGAUCGGCAGCCAACCCGGGAAGAACCAGCAGCAAACCCGGGGAGGGCCGAGCAGACAAAAGAACAGCGCAGGGUCCUGUGUCGUUCCUCCACGAAUGGGGGAGUGACACGGGUGUCCAUAGUAUAGAGUGCCAGGUGCCCGGGACAGGUGUUCAUGGUACAGAGUGUCAGUUGUCCAUGGUAUGGAGUGCCAGGUGCCGGGACAGGUGUUCAUGGUACGGAGUGUCAGGUGUCCGGGCGUCCAUGGUAUGGAUGUCAGGUGUCCAUGGUACGGAGUGUCAGGUGCCCGGGACAGGUGUUCACGAUACAGAGUGUCAGUUGUCCAUGGUAUGGAGUGCCAGGUGCCGGGACAGGUGUUCAUGGUACGGAGUGUCAGGUGUCCGGGCGUCCAUGGUAUGGAUGUCAGGUGUCCAUGGUACGGAGUGUCAGGUGCCUGGGACAGGUGUUCACGAUACAGAGUGUCAGGUGUCCACGGUAUGGAGUGUCAGGUGCCUGGGACAGGUGUUCACGGUACAGAGUGUCAGGUGUCCACGGUAUGGAGUGUCAGGUGCCGGGACAGGUGUUCACGGUACGGACUGUCAGGUGUCCGGGUGUCCAUGGUAUAGAUGUCAGGUGUCCACGGUAUGGAGUGCCAGGUGCCGGGACAGGCGUUCACGGUAUGGACUGUCAGGUGUCCGGGUGUCCAUGGUAUAGAUGUCAGGUGUCCACGGUAUGGAGUGCCAGGUGCCGGGACAGGUGUUCACGGUACGGACUGUCAGGUGUCCGGGUGUCCACGGUAUGGAGUGCCAGGUGCCGGGACAGGUGUUCACGGUACGGACUGUCAGGUGUCCACGGUACGGAGAGUCAGGUGCCGGGACAGGUGUUUACGGUGCGGACUGUCAGGUGUCCGGGUGUCCAUGGUAUGGAUGUCAGGUGUCCACGGUACGGAGAGUCAGGUGCCGGGACAGGUGUUCACGGUGCGGACUGUCAGGUGUCCGGGUGUCCAUGGUAUAGAUGUCAGGUGUCCACGGUAUGGAGUGCCAGGUGCCGGGACAGGUGUUCACGGUACAGAGUGUCAGGUGUCCACGGUAUGGAGUGCCAGGUGCCGGGACAGGUGUUCACAGUGCGGACUGUCAGGUGUCCGGGUGUCCAUGGUAUGGAUGUCAGGUGUCCACGGUCUGGAGUGUCAGGUGCCGGGACAGGUGUUCACGGUACGGACUGUCAGGUGUCCACGGUAUGGAGUGCCGGGUGCCGGGACAGGUGUUCACGGUACGGACUGUCAGGUGUCCACGGUAUGGAGAGUCAGGUGCCGGGACAGGUGUUCACGGUACGGACUGUCAGGUGUCCACGGUAUGGAGAGUCAGGUGCCGGGACAGGUGUUUACGGUGCGGACUGUCAGGUGUCCGGGUGUCCAUGGUAUGGAUGUCAGGUGUCCAGGACGGGCGUUCAUGACACGGAUGUCAGUGGAGAUCCUUGAGGCUGACGGCGAUGCAGUGUGGGAGCAGCGGGAGCCGAGUGUCCAGCCUCGCAGUGGAGCGCUGGGCCCACGUGGGAGUUCCUGGCUCCGGCGCCACGCCAGCAGGCCCUAGGAGGCGACGCUGAUGGCUCAGAUGUGUUUACGUGAAGGAGCAACAGAGGGAUCGUCCGUCCACUGGUUCCCUGGGCCAGGCCAGAGCCCAGAGGACCCUGUGCCGGGCUCCUUUGUGGGGGCACAUUCGGGCCAUCCACCGCCUUCCCGGCCAUCAGAACCAGCUCUGCAGGACACCGGCACCGCAGGCAGCGGCUUCGCCCGCUCCACCACACCAUCGGCCCCGCUCUGGCUUUCUCCACCCUGCAGCCCAAGCCCCCUUCUCCCUCCUGAGCUACACAGCGGUCCCCGUGCCAGCCGGGCCUGGCCACACCCCGCUUCUCUGCAGCCCUGCUUCCUAAGGCUACCCCAGAACCCUCUGUGAGGGCUGGGCGAAGAGGCAUGCAUGCGCUUGAUUGACAGGCAGAGAGAUCUCCCCCCACUGGCUCACUCCCCAGGGCUGGGCCCAGCCGGAACCGGGAACCAGGAACCCAUCCUGGUCUCGCCCAGCACCUGGACCGUCUCCUGCCGCCCUGCUGAUACCGGGUGCUCGUCAGUAUUCUGACAGUGAUAGGCGGUGUGGGCUCUUGCCAGGAAUUCAGAGAAUUCUGAAUACGGCCCAAAUAGCCCAGUGUGUAAGCUUUCUUAUUCGGUGAGGGGAGCGAGGGCCCCGUCCGCAGCAGGGGGGUCUGGACACUGAGCUGCGUGCAGCGCCCCGUCCACAGCAGGGGUCUGGACACACGAGCCCAGCGCCCCGUCCACAGCAGGAGGGGUCUGGACACAGCCCAGCGCCCCGUCCACAA